GGGCUGCUUGCAGAAGAUUUACGAUCCACGAUCCAUGCCGCUCCGUCCUGCAGAUGCAGAGUUUGUUUCGAGUCAUUGAAGUCACAUACCAUGCACAGACUAACAGACCGACCGUCCUCCAUCAACCUUCCGUCGCUGAGACACUUGAACUGUGCCCGUCGUCAUGCACUUUCUGCUCUUGUUCAUAUCCUCGCCCGUUUGCUUUUGUUCAUACCCCGCAGACUCUGCCUGUGUUGUCACUCCGUCCAGCCGAGCUCAUCCAUGUCUCAGCAUUGCAUGGUGUGGCUGCGGUCUCGCUCUAGAGUACGUUGAGCAGCCAUGUGUGAUGUUCCUACACGACGACCACGACGAAACGCCAACGUCGAGCCUUCUCCACGUCCACGCUGCUGGAAUUCUUCGUUCUUGUCUCAUCUCCAAGGUCUCGACCUACAUCAGCACUUUGCCAUUGAAAGCCGUUGUGCAGGGCCAGGCCAGGCUUCCACUUCGUAACGCCUGCCGCGUGCCAUACCAUACUUUAAGUACCUGCGACCGCCAUGACCCCACGAAUAUCGAUUUGUCCAAAGUGCCACUGAAUGCGCCCUCAAAAGCAUCUGACUCUUGCGGCCAACUGACCCCUCCACCGAGGGUCACUGAACAUCUGGCUUGUUUGUAUUUGGAUUUGUGCCAAUAACCAACAGCCAAAUCCCGGUGUGGUGCGUUGCUAGCCGCUGAAUAACGGCAGCAUCGUUGUUCAUGCGUCGCCAUAAUGUCACUAAUUGUGAUUUCCCUGCUUGCCAAGUGCUUCGAGUGUAUCUUAAGGUACGAACUAUUGAUAGAUGGCUUCAUACAACACUUUCGGUCGCUGCUUCUAGAGAGGCACGGCGAGCGUCAGUCUCGUCCGUCGCGAGUUCUCGUCCGCCCCUCUUCAGCUUCUUCAGCUCUAACUUCUGCGCCUG